CCACCCCCCGGCGCGGCGGGGCCGGAGGGGGACGCGCGUAAUGGCGGCCGGGGCGGGGGGGGGCGAGGGGCCCUCACGGGGGACCCCGGGCGGGGGGGGUUAUCCUUCGUCUUUUAUCCUCUAUCCGUCAACUUUUAUCCUUCAUCCCUCAGCCUUUAUCUUCAUCCCUUAUCCUUUCCGUCCAUCCCUCAUCUCCAUCCCUGAGGGAUGAUCCCCCGGCAGGCGGAUAAACGCUCCCUGUGCCCCGCCAGGGACCCGCCGCCUCUCACACCCGCCGCGGGCUUCGCUCUCGCUUUUUUUACCUUAAAAUCUCGCAUUCACGCGUUUUUAAGGCUCCCCUGUCCCUCAUUUCGCCCCCCGUCCCCGGGUGUUCCCCGCACGCCCCGUGCCUCGCUCAGACCCCAGCCCAGCCCAUCACGGGCCUCCCGGGCCCCGAAUUCUCCGGUUGUUCUCAGACAAAAUUCUCCGGUUGUCUCCAAACAAAGCGGUCUGGCCGCUGGCAAUUGCUGUUCGGGUUGAACUCGGCCGCUGCUGGAGCAACACCCGGCUCGGGUCGGGUUUUGCCCCCCGAGCGCGCCUCGCGCUCCUGCUUUGGGGUUAAAAUCGGGGCUUUUCGCCCUUUUGCGCUUUGGGACGGUGACGGUCGAGCCGAAUUUCGGGUGUUACAACCACGAACAACCAAAAAUAAUCCAAAGAGGAAUUGAAUUCUUUACCCCCCCAGGCCGAGUGUUGUGUCUGUCUCAUCACGUGCCUUGCAGGAGCCUCCUCGAUUGGGGGAUUUAACCUUUUUUUUUUUUUUUUCCCCCAAUUUAAACUCGUGCUCCUUCGCUGCUUUUACUGUUAUUAUUAAUUUAAGGCAGAAAUGUAAUAUGGCUUGUUGUUUGUUUGUUUGUUUUUUCUAAGUUGCCUUUUUAUAGGACUCCUCCUUACCCGAUUAAAAUCUGUUGUGGUUAUUUUAUGAACCCCCCCGAGCCCCCAGGAGCCCCAGCCCAGCCGUCCCUCCCGGUCCCCAGCCCCGAGCUGCUGUUUAAAUGUUGUUAUUUUGGGGUUUGCUGCUCUCCCCGGUGGGGAGGGUGGACCUGACAUGAGGUCAUUCUUCUCCCUGGGAGCAGCCGCUCUCCAAGGACCGGGAGGAUCCUGAGUUUCGUUUCUUUUCCCCGAUUUGUGAUAAUCACAAUGUGCCCAAAGGAUCCUGAGUUUCGUUUCUUUUCCCCGAUUUGUGAUAAUCACAAUGUGCCCAAAGGGUCCCUCUGGCUCCAGGGUGUGGGGCGGAAGGGACGAGCCCGGCCUCCUCUUCCCCAGAUUCUGAUGGAACUGAGGAUGUUUAUCCAAGGGUGGGGUUCCCGAUGCUGACAAAACCUGCCGGAUUCCUUCUCUUCCCUCCUUUUCUUCCCCAAAGUCCUCGGACUUGGGUUUUGGGGCUGAGCUCAGCUGCCUGACAGGGAGCUCGGCCGGGUCUGAGGAACAACACAGGGACCUUUGUUUUCCUUUUGUGCUUCACGUUUGAAGGUAAAUAGAACGUUUUCCUAUUUCUCUGCCACCGAGUUAAAUACCCUGCGUGGAAUUUGGCCUUUUCUCAGGGAGUUUUAGGCAGAAAUAUUGGUGUUUGCUGUGUCUGUGAGGCUUUUGUGUCCACACAGAGCUGGUGCUUGUGUAUAAACAUGUUUAUGAAACAGGGCAGGGUUUGUGCUGCUCAAAAGUCUGACGUGGAAAGGGAAAUUUGAAGAUGUCCGGUGGAUUCCUGGUGCCAAAGUGCCCCUUUCUGUGUCCUGGCCCAGGAAUUCCUCGCUGGAAGGCUCGUGCAGGUGGUGCUUUGAGUGUUUGUUCUAAACCUGCUGCUGGGCAGGCUGGGCUGGAGCAGUUUUGGGGGUCGUUCAGUGGAUCCCGUGGCCGAUGGUGGUGUUCCAGCGGCCCUGGCUCUGGCAGGGAUGGAGUUCCCUCUUCCUGGGAGCUGUGCUUGGCAUCUGUGGCUAAACCAGGCGGGUCUGGGCUGAGCUGAGCUUGGCCAAGGUCAGGCCUUCCCUGCAGCCUGGGCUGGGAAGGGCAGGGCUGGAGCCUGGAGGGGCUGGAGGGAUGUUCCAGACCUGGCUGGAGGGAUGUUCCACACCUGCAGUGUCCUGCUCCACGGUGAAACCGGGGCAGAGGAGGGAGGGCAGGGGCAGUUUGGCUCCCAGGGUGCUGUCCUGUGCAGUGGGAGGGGAGGAACAAGGGCCUUGGCUUGGCCUUUGUCUCCUUCCCCUGGCACAUUGUCCUUAUCUUCUCCGGGAGUUCUCUUCCCUAAGUGCUUCCUUUCCCUUCCCGUGCUUUUUUGGGGCCCAACAACCCCUGGUCCAUUCCGGGGUCGGUGUUCAGCUGCCUGUUGCUGGGCUCUGCCUGUUGCUGGGCUCUGCCUGUUGCUGGGCUCUGCCUGUUGCUGGGCUCUGCCUGUUGCUGGGCUCUGGAAUUCCAGCUCAGUUUUGCUGUUUGCUUUGCCCUGGGAAGCCCAGGAUCCCGGGAGCGUGUGGAGCCUGGGCUGGGCUGUGGCCUGUGUUCCUGCCAUCCAGGUGCUCCAGCACCAUUCCCUGGGGGCAAACAGCCCUCCUGCCUCUCUCCUCCUGCUCCAGGACAGGUCCUGCCCUGCUGCAGACUCCCCUCUGUGUCCUGGUGUGUCCAGAGCAUUCCCGGUGCUGGGAGCCGGGAGCCUGGGCUUGGUCUUGGCUCUUGGAAUUCAGAUCCCAGCUCAGAUCCUGCUGGAUCUGGAGAUGGCAGCAGGAAUGUGCCCGGAGGCAGCUCCUGGGUGGCCCAGGUGUGGGAGGAUUUGGGAGCAGCUUUCACCUCUGUUAUCCUGGGAAUCUUUGCCUGAGCGGGCAGGGGAUGCUGCUGGAAUGACAGAGCACCCGGAGGAGGGGCUGCCCUGGCUCUGCCAAAAUCAGGGAGGGCCAGGCUGGAUCUGGACCUGGGCUGGGCUCACCUGGGCUGAGCUCAGCACCCUCAGAGGAGCUGGAGUGUCCCUGGAUCGAGGGAUACCAUGGAUGGACAGUGGAUAAAGCAGAGCGAGGCACGUCCUGCUGAAGGUGGGUGCCCCUGCAGGGUCUGUGUCUGUGCUGGCAGGGGCAGCACCCUGGUGGCACCUGAGGAAGCUCCCGAGGGACAGUCCCAGAGCUCCGGGUGGUGCCAGCAUGGAACACCCCAGUGGGCAGUGCCCGGGAUGGCGGGGCCGUCCCGGAGGGUGGAUCACUGCUCCAGGUGCAGGAGGAUGGCUGGGAAUGCCUUGCCACUUCCUGAGCCUGAUGGAGGCGUGUCCAGGCUGCCGUGGCAGGAGCUGGAUGAGGAAUGAUCCGACCAGGAGUCCCCCCUGAGGGACCACGGGCUCUGCCAGGGGCUGGGGCAGGUGGAGCCCCUCAGCUCCCACCAGACGCCAUCGCUGUGCCGGGAACAGCAAGGAAGAGGAGAAUCCAGGUCCCUCCUGAGGCUGGUUUGGCUGUCAGAGGAACACCGAGGAACCUGCAGAAGAGAUCUGGUUGUUGGGCUGUGGCGAGGGGAGGUGCCCUGGCCCCAUCCCUGGGGAUAUGGUCAGUCCUGGAGCAGCUCACGGGACAGGCACAGCGGCUCCCCCAGCCUGGGGGGUGCAGGGCCAUCUUUAUUUAUCUGCUCUGCAGUUAGCACAGAGCCAGAAAAUUCCGUGCUAUUUAUAGGGACAAAACAGAAAAUUCUCCUUCCAGUGGCUCACCGACUUUCUCCUCUGAUAAACCUUCCAGGGGACUCCAGAAAUCCACCUCCGCCCUGUCCUGAGGUGCCAGAGCCAGGCUGGCACUGCCCCGGGGGGAUGUUGGGGUUGGUGUCCCGGUUGUGCCGGGGCUGGCAGGUGUUUGGUGCUCACAGUGACCAUGGACACGGCUCCAGGGGGUCGGGAUCCUUCCUUCUGCCCUGCAGCACGCAGAGCUUGGACUCCACGAGGCCCUGGGGGGGCUGGGGACAGGGACAGGGACGGGAGUGGGCGAGGGGGCUGCUGGGCUGGGUGUGAGC